CUCGGAACCUGGUGCUAAAGCUCAGAACCUCCAUGUUGUCGCUGAUUGGGACGAUCGAGCUACAACAAGAAGUAACAGAAACAAUCAUGGCAAGAUAGUCACGACUUUUUCGGCUUUGCAUGAUAUCAGCGACUAUGCACUUGGCCCGACAGUGUUUGAGCCGAAGACGCACGUGCCUCAGUGUUUUCCACCAAAACAUGAGUGGCAGCGCCCUCCAGAAGGCAUUCUUGCGAAUUCAUUGGCUGUACAGGAACGAAGCCUGACAUGCGAAGAAGCUGCUACAAGCGAGAAGGAUGUCGCCGCGCUUCAUAGGAAAAACUUUGAUCAUAGAGGCGCGCCCCCAUCAGCAACCGUUUCAUCUGUAUCGAGACGAAACGCUGAAGGAGAGCUUUCCUGGGAGAAAGAGGCGGUAUGGUUUCCACUGGCUGCAGGCGACUGCGUGACGAUGUAUGCUACCACCUGGCAUUCUGGUGGAGAAAAUACUACAACUGACAGACGAAGAGUUGUGCUUUCAAUUCAUUUUUAUUUUAUGGUUCUGGAGGGUUCGAGAACCAGCACCCACGAGGAGUACAUGGGAAGGGCCGAACAAAGCGGAAUACGGACACAGUAUGGCGCUUGUCGGAUUUCAGAUGACUGAAAGGAAAUUGAUCCACGAUUCCUUUUACACACAAUGAGAGUGAUGCUAUAGAGCAGUUUAUCAGAAACUGAUACCGAGUUCGAACGAUUUUGCCA